CCCAGGAAGUGCACGCCGGUGCUCUCCUCUCAGUGCCGUAGCACAGUUUUCGAAUGAGCGAUAUUCGACCUUUUCCCCGUACCUCGCACGGUUUCUGCACGGCUUAUGUUGAGGUUGGUACCGAAAAGUGAAUACGGGACCUCACAUAGUUUCGGAUACAGGCCGUGCACUUAAUUCUUAAGCACUGCCCGCGCAUGUCGCGACACACGACUUCUUUGCAUAGUUCGAGGCAUGUGGCGUGCUGAGUAAACCUGACGGGAAAGUAAAAGUGUGGCGGUCUGAAAGACAGUUCGACAUUUGUUGGUACAUAGUCCGCGUAGAAAUAACGUUAAUGCAUUCAGCUAAUUCUAUAAAAACGUUGUAUGAGUCAAGUGCAAGAUUCGCCCUCCUGCAAUGGAAAGUGCACGUACAGGCCCGUUUUUGAUAACCGGGGGAUGUGGCUAUUUUGGUUACCGGCUGGCCUGCUCCCUGCAUAAAAAAGGAGCCAAAGUCAUUCUGUUUGACACAGUCCCUCCGGUCCAAGAAGCACCGGAAGACAUUGUGUUUGUGCAAGGUGACAUACGUGACUAUGCACAAGUUGAGAGGGCCAUAACUGCUGUGGAUUGUGUAUUCCACAUUGCCUCCUAUGGCAUGUCUGGCCGAGAGCAGCUGAACCGUCACCUGAUUGAGGCGGUGAAUGUUCAAGGCACACAGAACGUCUUGAAGGCCUGUGUUGAGCAUGGAGUGCCCAGGCUGGUUUACACCAGCACCUUCAACGUGGUGUUUGGAGGCCAAGUGAUAGAGAAUGGCGAUGAAAGCCUCCCUUAUCUACCUCUCCAUCUUCACCCCGACCACUACUCCAGAACAAAGUCCCUGGCUGAGAUGGCAGUGCUAGAAGCUAAUGGCACAACACUGAAGGACAACUCCGGGGUGCUGAGAACCUGCGCGUUGCGUCCAGCAGGAAUCUAUGGGCCCGGAGAGCAGAGGCACCUACCCAGGAUAGUAGGCUACAUAGAGAAGGGGAUCUUCAGGUUUGUUUACGGUAAACCCAGCAGCCUGGUGGAGUUUGUGCACGUGGACAACCUGGUGUCAGCACACAAGCUGGCUGCGGAGGCGCUGACCUCAGGGAAGCAGCACCGCUCUGCUGGCCAGGCCUACUUCAUCUCAGACGGCAGGCCUGUCAAUAAUUUUGAGUUCUUCAGACCUCUGGUAGAGGGCCUGGGCUAUCCCUUCCCCAAGCUACGUCUACCUAUCCAUCUCAUUUACUUUUUUGCCUUUCUUACAGAAAUGAUUCACCAUCUCAUCGGCCCCUUCUAUAACUUCCAGCCACUGCUGACACGUACAGAGGUGUAUAAAACUGGCGUGACGCAUUACUUCAGCAUGGCGAAAGCUAAAGAGGAGCUCGGUUAUGAACCCCAGGAGCACAACCUGGAUGAGGUUGUCCAAUGGUUCAGAUGCAGAGGCCACGGCAAAAUAUCUCGCAGGUCCGUCCUCAGUCGAUUACUACUAGACGCCCUGUUUUUUGCUGCCUUUGUCGCCGUGGUUCUCUCUUUUCUUCCAGGCGUUGGCAGCUGAGGAGAAGCUAAAGCACAAAAAACAUUCUGACAAAAUUUCCAAAAUAUACUUUACAUGUUGUUUACAUGUAUUAAUAUGUCAAGAUCCAUUUACACAUUUUAUUUCAAAAUGGUCAUUACUGAGAGGUGCAGGCAGCUGUCUAAGACCAAGUGGAAGAAAGCAAAAAGUUUUCUCAGAAUUAACAUGUUUAUUUGGGGACCUUCCAUUGUGAUACUGUAAUACCCAUGUGAAUAUAAUCGUCUAACCUCAGUACCUUUUAAUUUUUUUAACUUCACCAUUCUAUAGUUGUCCCUUUCAGAAAUGUUAUGUCAGAUGCUACCUCUUUUACCCUGUAUUACGAGAAAAUGUUCUGAAAACUGUAAUGAAUA